UUUGUCGAGGAGCUUAACGAUUGCUUACGCUGGUGUUUUUUCAUAGAUUUUACUGUAAAAUCGUACAAUUUCAGCCAGUUUCUUUAUGCUCUUCUAAAAAGCGCGAACAAAAUGAAUAUUGAAAGUCUAUUUAACUGUAGUAAAGUAUUUGUGAUCAUCGUGGAAAAUUGGUACAUUAAUUAUCAUGCAAAUGAGUUAACAGUUAUGAGCAAAAAAUUGGCAUCAAGUAUUUUUUCUAACGGAUGGUACGAUUUGGAUGAAUCUACUAAAAAAAGUCUUAUAUUGAUAAUGAUACGAUCCCAGAGAUCUUUAAAAAUUGACAUUGGUACUAUAUACUUUUUGGGAACCAAACUGUUUAUUAAGAUUUUAAAAGGGGGAUAUACAUUCAUUGUAUUUUACAACUUUUAA